GAGCGCGGCCGCCGGAAGUGCGUGGCCGCUCAGGGCCAUGGCGGCGCUCAGUGUCGUGUAUCUGCUGCUGCUCGGAGCGGCGUCCUGGCCGCCGGCCUCGGCCUCGGGCGAGGAGUUCUGGCCCGGCCAGUCGGCGGCCGACAUCCUGUCGGGGGCGGCGUCCCGCAGACGGUACCUUCUGUAUGACGUCAACCCCCCAGAGGGCUUCAACCUCCGCAGGGAUGUGUACAUUCGUGUGGCCUCCCUCCUGAAGACGCUGCUGAAGUCCGAGGAGUGGGUGCUGGUGCUGCCCCCAUGGGGCCGCCUCUAUCACUGGCAGAGCCCCGACAUUCACCAGGUCCGGAUUCCCUGGUCCGACUUUUUUGACCUUCCGAGUCUCAAUAGAAACAUCCCGGUCAUUGAGUACGAACAGUUCAUUGCAGAGUCCGGCGGGCCCUUCAUUGACCAGGUUUAUGUCCUGCAAAGUUACGUGGAAGGGUGGAAAGAGGGGACCUGGGAAGAGAAGGUCGACGAGCGGCCGUGCAUCGACCCACUGCUGUACGCCCCGGACAAGCACGAGUACUACAGGAUCGGCUUCCAUCAUGGCACCCGUGCUUCUGAGAAACACGUCAGCGAGGUCGGUGAUGUUGGACAGAGCCGAGAACCUUCUGCACGACCACUAUGGGGGGAAGGAGUACUGGAACGUCACGCUGGGCUCCUCCCUGGGGGGCCCAUACCUCGCGGUCCACCUGAGGAGAAAAGAUUUCAUCUGGGGCCACAGAGAGGACGUGCCCAGUUUGGACGGGGCUGUGAAGAAAAUCCGCAGCCUCAUGAAGACCCACCAGCUGGACAAGGUGUUCGUGGCCACGGACGCCAUCAGGACGGAGCACGAGACGCUGAAGAAGCUGUUGCCCGAGAUGCUGAGGUUCGAGCCCACGUGGGAGGAGCUGGAGCUGUACAGGGACGGCGGCGUGGCCAUCAUCGACCAGUGGAUCUGCGCACAUGCCAGGUUCUUCAUCGGUACCUCGGUCUCCACGUUUUCUUUCCGGAUCCACGAGGAGAGAGAGAUCCUCGGGCUCGACCCCCGGACAACGUACAACCGCUUCUGCGGGGACCGGGAGGAAGCGUGCGAGCAGCCCACACACUGGAGGGUCGCCUACUGAGCCCGCCGGCCCCUCGUGGGCCCCGCGCCCUGGACACCGCGCGCACGGACUCUUGGUCUCCCUCUGAGCACACGUGUGGCCUCGGGGUCACGUCUGCCCCAGGCAGCGGGCAGAGCCGCCCCACUGUCACCCUUCAGGGUCACGGUCGCAGCCCCCGGCACGUGAGCCACGGUGUGUGUGCGUUCUUGGUGUUUCCCCCGGCGUCGGCUGUUCGGGACUCUGGUUACGUGUCUCUGCUGCCGGUGUGACAUGAAGAGGUUCGAGGGCUCGAUCUCCUGGCCUGGAUCUGGAGGGCGUCCGGCCCAGACGGCAGUGCGGCGCUGGCCGUGCCCGUGGACCUGCUGCGGCUUCAGCCUGCUGGUCCCGUGCCUUCUGCCCUUUGACCGGUGUGUGGUCCCCGCAAGUUGCCGGCAGGUGAAACGCCACCUUGCAGAACUGGGGCUGAGGCCUGUGGGGGCCGGUGAAGUGUGCUCUCUCCUCCCCGGCUCGGAGUACUGGAAGGUUCCUUGGCAGGUCUUCAGGGGUUUGUCGGGUUCGCGCAGAGAGGAACCCCGUGGCUGGCUGCGGGGCUGCGGGCCGACCGCCGCUUUGGCAGCGUGGGCGGCUGGAUACUCGGACCCUGCCCCGCGGUGGGCGCGGUGGGCCGAGGGCGCGGGAAGCACGGGCACGACUCCAGCUGUAUAAGGGCUUGGGGUGCGCUGCUGAGCUUGGGGCUUCUCGUGCCGCUGCCUGGAAACCCCUUCUGGGCCUCCGGCGUGGCCACCACCAUCCCCUCUGACCAGGAGCCCUGACUCCCUCAGACACCCGGGGUGACCUGCCGAGGCGCAGCCCAGAACCUGGGGGCUGCUGCU